UGGGCGAGGAUGGAAGCGGACGCUGCUUCCCGCGCAGGCUGUUCCCGGGCAGGGGCUCCCGGGAAAGGCUCUCUCCGGGCAGGAUGAGCGCGGGAAGUCGCUCGCAGGGAAGGCUGUCCCCGGGCAGGCUGUCCCCGGGGAGGGCCGUCAGCCCCGCCGCCAUGUCGGGGGGGAGCGGGGCUCCCCCAUGGCGGUGACGCGCGUUGCCAUGGCGACGGCCGGGCGGCGUUGGGGGGGGUGGCGGGAUGACAACAAAUAUGGCGGAGAGGAGCAGGACGGCAGAGACGGGCAGUGCCAUUGGAAGUGAUGAUAUCAUAGCAGGGAACGUGAGCAAGUACAUUGUUCUCCCAGCUGGUUACUGUGGACAGCCCAAAAAAGGACAUCUUAUAUUUGAUGCCUGUUUUGAAAGUGGGAACCUUGGGCGGGUGGACCACGUCACAGAGUUUGAGUAUGACCUCUUCAUUAGGCCAGACACCUGCAACCCUCGCUUCCGAGUCUGGUUCAACUUCACCGUGGAGAACGUGAAGGAAUCACAGAGAGUAAUUUUCAAUGUUGUCAACUUCAGUAAAACCAAAAGCCUCUACAGAGAUGGGAUGGCUCCAAUGGUGAAAUCCACAAGCCGGCCAAAAUGGCAAAGAAUCCCCUCCAAAAAUGUGUAUUACUACCGCUGCCCAGACCACAGGAAGAACUAUGUCAUGUCCUUUGCUUUUUGCUUCGACCGAGAGGACGACACUUACCAGUUUGCCUACUGCUACCCCUACACCUACACCCGCCUUCAGCACUACCUGGACAACCUCCAGAGGAGGAACAUGGACUACUUCUGCAGGGAAUUGCUGGGGCUCAGCGUGCAGAAACGGCGGCUUGACCUCCUGACAAUAACCAGCCCUGCAAACCUGCGUCCAGGGGCUGAACAGAAAGUGGUGUUCAUCACAGCACGGGUCCAUCCUGGGGAAACACCCUCUUCCUUCGUCUGCCAAGGUAUAAUUGAUUUCCUCGUGAGCCACCAUCCAAUUGCCAAAGUACUGAGAGACCACCUGGUGUUCAAGAUUGCUCCCAUGCUCAAUCCUGAUGGAGUUUACCUAGGAAAUUACAGGUGCUCCCUGAUGGGGUUUGAUCUGAACCGGCACUGGGCAAAUCCCUCUCCGUGGGCUCAUCCCACCCUGCACGGAGUGAAGGAGCUCAUCAUCGACAUGUACAACAACCCGAAGAUUAACCUGGAGUUCUAUAUCGACAUCCAUGCCCACUCCACCAUGAUGAAUGGCUUCAUGUAUGGGAACAUCUUUGAAGAUGAGGAAAGAUUUCAACGGCAGGCUGUUUUUCCCAAGCUGCUCUGUCAGAAUGCUGAAGACUUCUCUUAUUCCAGCACGUCGUUCAACAGGGAUGCUGUGAAAGCUGGGACAGGCCGGCGCUUCCUUGGCGGGCUCUUAAACGACACAUCCUACUGCUACACUCUGGAGGUCUCCUUCUACAGCUACAUUCUGGGUGGAACUGCUCCUGCUGUGCCCUACACCGAGGAAGCCUAUAUGAAGCUUGGAAGAAAUGUGGCCAGGACAUUCUUGGAUUACUACAGGCUGAACUCCUUGGUGGAGGGACCACUAGCACCUACUCCUAAAACUCGGAAGGACAACGUGCCACUCUACAAAUGCACUGCCCAGCAGGGCCCCGGGAACAGCCGUGCUGCAGGCAAACCCGAGAAGAGGAGCCAGGCGCACCUGAAGGACUCAUCUCCUUCCACUCGCUGAGGAGAGGAGAGGAGAGGAGAGGAGAGGAGAGGAGAGGAGAGCUGUAGGGCAACACGUCGCAGUCAGGAAUCGAUGAUGUUUCUCUUUUUUUUUUUUUUUCCCAGACAAAUAUUUCUAAGAUAACAAAUAGUCCAAGGAGCAAAGAGGGAGAGGGAAAUUAGCUAGAAAUUUUACUAUUGAUUCUUUUUUAUUUAUAGAUGGUGAAUCAAUUUCAGGGCUUUUUUUUUUUUUCUUCCCUAUCUGUGGGGGGAAAAAAAAGAGUGAACUUAUAGAUUUGCAGAAAUCAUUUGUGGUGUCUGAAAAGCUAUUUGUUAAAAUGAGAAAGCCUCUCCUUCCUCCACCAGUCCCCUUCUCUCUCUUUAAAGGGGUAAUCCAUACAAUGAGCUAAUGAGGGAGUCCUGGCUUCUCUACUGCACCAUCUGAUGUCUCCCCUUUUAAUGCUGGGCUCAGAAGCCCUUAUGCCUACUGCAUGUGCUAGUCCUGUUAGCUUGCAUUAAGAGAGCCUGAUAAAUAGCUUCAGGGAGCCAGGCAGGUGCUUCUCAGUGUGCAGUUUAUCAUCCACUGCAUGGCUGGGUUUUUUGCUCUUCUAUCAGAUCAUUUGAGGAGAGGGGUCAUGUGAGAAAUGGGACUGUCAGGCUGCAGGCAUGAAACUUGCUGCAAGACCUGUCCAACAGGCAGGGACAGUGGUCCUCCAUCAAAAACUGCUUGGGGUCUAGAAAGACCAAACUCACCAAAAGAUGUAUGACUGAGGCAGUGUGAGCGAGGAGUAGUGCUGAAAGGGGUGAGCAAAAGUGUUGUGUAAGAAAUCCCAAGUAAAACCUCAGCACCUCCCCAUUACAUAGGGAAUGCCAUGAUCUAGAAACAGAGUCAGGCUGAGCUGGGUCCCACAUCCCACUGGACCUCCUGGGAGCCACUGGCACAUGGUUUCCAUCCAGUUUGCAUUACUGCAGCCAGAAGGAGUGAGCAGGUAUGAGUAAGGACAAAAGCUUGGCUCUGCAUGCCUCUGAAGAAGGACAAGCUACUCAGGAUCUGCCAAAACUUGAGCUGAACUCAUCUGUGCAUUAGCCACCCAUUAGCUGGGCUUUCUUUUGUUGCUGUCUGACAAGGGGAACUCACUUGAAAGCAAGGAGGUAUCCCACUGUAAGGAAAAUGAUUUAAAACACCAAGCAAACCUGCUACCGUCACUACUUCCAGGUGAGAGGGUUAAACUGUGUACAUUUUGGGGAGAAUAAAAUGCCUUCAUAUGAUGAAUUCCAAGGCAUCCAAAAGGCACAGUGCUGGCUCUCUGUCUCCAAAAUCAGAGUAAUGAAUAGCAGUGACAGUGAGAUAAUUAAAAUGACCUCUUGGAGAUAUGGAUUGGAAGGUACGUGGAGGGGGGGAUAAGUUCUCCUUUGAAUUAAUCUAGUGCUAAUUUAUGACUAUCAUUGCGUUUUAUAGCAUUUUAGUGAAGAUUUUCAAAGUUGGUUUGCUGGAGUUAAAAUGUUCUUUCCCAUGUUCAUUGCAAAAACACUUGCAGAAUUCCUUAUUAUUUAUUUUUGGAUGUUACUAUAUAUACAUACAUACAUAUAUAUAUAUAAUAAGAGAGUUUCAGUAUUUGCUUAGCUGCUAGAAAGACUACUCUAGAAAUAUGAAUAAAGUGAAA